AGAGAGAGAGAGAGAGAGAGAGAGAGAGAGAGAGAGCGCGAGCUCUGAGAGUAAAACAACUUUGAAGCAUUGUGUACAUCUUGGCUCUUGCUUAAAGACAAAAAGGAAAAAGUGAUUUGGAAAGGAGGAUCUGCUUGGUACCAAAGGGAGAGAAAUAGACUAGUCAGUUCCUGGCCAGUUUCCUUUGGACACCUGUGAAGAAUUCACUCAGCAGGAGACUUGAACUGUUGGAGAAGAUAUUGGACUCACUCUUCAAGUAUGAGGCCAUCUAAGCCAUCGAGCAUGGCCGUGUGGAACCAAGAAUUAUUAGAUUAAAGACUUAGGUCUCUAAAAAACCAGAGAUACUUGAGUUGAGGAUUCCAUUCAAGGCAGCGCUUUUGGCUAGAAUUGCUGUGGGUUUGAAUAUGUUUGGGGUUGUUGUCUGCCAGCCACUAUAUGAGAGAGACUGAGAACACACAGCAUUGAGUCAUCAGGAAAACUGAAGAUCUCCCCUGAACAACACUGGGAUUUCACUGCAGAGGACUUGAAAGACCUUGGAGAAAUUGGACGAGGAGCUUAUGGUUCUGUCAACAAAAUGGUCCACAAACCAAGUGGGCAGAUAAUGGCAGUUAAAAGAAUACGAUCAACUGUGGAUGAAAAAGAACAAAAACAACUUCUCAUGGAUUUGGAUGUAGUAAUGCGGAGUAGUGAUUGCCCAUACAUUGUUCAGUUCUAUGGUGCACUCUUCAGAGAGGGCGACUGUUGGAUCUGUAUGGAGCUCAUGUCUACCUCGUUCGAUAAGUUUUACAAAUAUGUAUAUAGUGUGUUAGAUGACGUUAUUCCGGAAGAGAUCUUAGGCAAAAUCACUUUAGCAACUGUGAAAGCACUAAACCACUUAAAAGAAAACUUGAAAAUUAUUCACAGAGAUAUCAAACCUUCCAAUAUUCUUCUGGACAGAAGCGGAAAUAUUAAGCUCUGUGAUUUCGGCAUCAGUGGACAACUUGUGGACUCCAUCGCCAAGACAAGAGAUGCUGGGUGUAGACCGUAUAUGGCACCUGAAAGAAUAGACCCAAGUGCAUCACGACAAGGGUAUGAUGUUCGCUCUGAUGUCUGGAGUUUGGGGAUCACAUUGUACGAGUUGGCCACAGGCCGGUUUCCUUAUCCAAAGUGGAAUAGUGUGUUUGAUCAGCUAACACAAGUGGUGAAAGGAGACCCUCCACAACUAAGUAAUUCCGAAGAAAGGGAAUUCUCCCCCAGUUUCAUCAACUUUGUCAACUUGUGCCUUACGAAGGACGAAUCCAAAAGGCCAAAGUAUAAAGAGCUUCUGAAACAUCCCUUUAUUUUGAUGUAUGAAGAACGUACUGUUGAGGUCGCAUGCUAUGUUUGUAAAAUCCUGGAUCAGAUGCCAGCUACUCCCAGCUCUCCCAUGUAUGUCGACUGAUACUGCUGCUACAUCAGACUUUAGAAAAAAGGGCUGAGAAGAAGCAAGACGUAAAGAGUUUUCAUCCUGUAUCACAGUGUUUUUAUUGCUCGCCCAGACACCAUGUGCAAUAAGAUUGGUGUUCGUUUCCAUCAUGUCUGUAUACUUCUGUCACCUAGAAUGUGCAUCCCUGUAAUACCUGACUGAUCACAGUGUUAGUGCUGGUCAGAGACCUCAUCCUGCUCUUUUGUGAUGAACAUAUUCAUGACGUGUGGAAGUCAGUACGAUCAAGUUGUUGACCGUGAUUAGAUCACACCUUAAAUUCAUUUCUAGACUCAAAACCUGGAGACACAGCUACUGGAAUGGUGUUUUGUCAGACUUCCAAAGCCUGGAAGGACACAGUAAUGGAUGUACUAUGUCUGAACAUAGAGACUUGGGCUUGAGUGAGAAGAGUUUGCACAGCCAGUGAGACACAUUGCCUUCCGGAGCUGGGAGACAAAGGAGGGAUUUCCUUUUUUUUCACCAAGUGCAAUAGAUUUCCUGAUCUGAUAUUCUGUUGCUUUACAGUCACAGUUGAUGUUUGGGAAUUGAUGUGCUCAGCCAGAUUUCCUGUUCAAAAUAUCAUGUUAAAUUAGAAUGAAUCUAUCUUUACCAAAAACCAUGUUGCUUUCAGAGAGGUGAACAUUAAAACACUGAGACGGGA